UUGGAGCUGCCUUGCUGGGAGGGUCGCGGUGAGAGUGGUGGCAGGCAGUGGCUGCGGGCGGCGGGCGGGCAGCAGAGAGCCGGGCGCUCCCUCGGCGACACCGUGUGUGUGUGUGUGUGGUGACAACGGGACGGCACUGACAAUGGACCACAACCACCGAUAGACAGCUCGUCCCUCGUCCCCCCCCGAGCGGAACGGACAACAGUCGAGCACAAUGGACGAACAAUCGAGGUCGUCCCCGAACAGAAGGGAGAACAAACGCGCUCGUUCCUGAGCUGAACGGGCAGCAAAGGCGUUCGCUCCACACACUGGAAUGGUGCAGGGAGCCGUGUUCGCUUUGCGCACUCGGCAACAGGCGGAGACAAUGGAGAUACAGCAGAUGUGCACAAAAUUAUGCCAACAUAAACGCCAUGAUCUGAAGGAUGAUGUUUCUGAGAAACAGUGUCCAGUUACUGUGAAUCCUCGUCAUAUGAAAAAAGCUUUUAAAGUCAUGAAUGAACUGAGAAGUCAGAGUCUUUUGUGUGAUGUAACACUUGUAGCUGAAGACACCGAGAUCCCAGCGCACAAAGUGGUUCUGGCAGCCUGCAGUCCAUACUUUCACGCCAUGUUUACAGGUGAAAUGAGUGAGAGCAAAGCAAAGAGAGUUCGCAUUAAGGAAGUGGACAAAUGGACAUUGAACAUCCUUAUUGACUAUGUUUACACAGCUGAAAUUCAGGUCACAGAAGAGAAUGUUCAGGUGUUGCUUCCAGCAGCAGGGCUCCUGCAGCUACAGGACGUUAGAAAGAGCUGUUGUGAUUUCCUGGAGUCUCAGCUUCAUCCAACCAAUUGUUUAGGAAUUCGAGCUUUUGCUGAUAUGCAUGCCUGCACUGAACUCUUGAAUCAAGCCAACACGUAUGCAGAGCAGCACUUCUCGGAGGUCGUGUCGGGAGAGGAAUUUCUCAACCUUGGUAUAGAUCAAAUAUGCGGCCUGAUCGCCAGCGAUAUGCUCACCAUCUCUUCCGAAGAAAAGGUGUUUGAAGCGGCCAUUGCCUGGGUAAAGCAUGAUAAGGAGCCUCGACAGGAGCACGUGGCACGACUAAUGGAGCAUGUCCGACUACCCCUUCUUACACGUGAAUAUCUGGUGCAGAGAGUGGAAGAGGAAAGCCUGGUCAAAAAUAACAAUGCAUGCAAAGAUUAUCUCAUUGAAGCUAUGAAGUAUCAUCUGCUUCCUGCUGACCAGCGCGCAUUGAUGAAAACCACCAGGACAAGGUUAAGAACACCAGCCAGUGUCCCAAAGGUGCUGGUUGUGGUUGGUGGUCAGGCACCAAAAGCUAUUCGCAGUGUGGAGUGUUAUGAUUUUGCUGAGGAGCGUUGGUACCAAGUUUCUGAGCUUCCCUCUCGAAGAUGCAGAGCAGGUGUGAUGUGUAUGGGCGGGUUAGUCUAUGCUGUUGGCGGUUUUAAUGGAUCUUUAAGGGUGAGAACAGUUGAUUCUUAUGACCCAGUCAAAGACCAGUGGUUCAACAAUGCUAACAUGCAGGACAGACGCAGCACGCUGGGAGCGGCAGUGCUGAAUGGAAUGCUCUAUGCAGUUGGAGGAUUUGACGGGAGUACAGGUUUAUCAUCUGUGGAGGUGUAUAAUGCCAAAGUGAAUGAGUGGUUUCAUGUAGCACCAAUGAACACCAGGAGAAGCAGUGUAGGUGUAGGUGUUGUAGGUGGUGUGCUGUAUGCUGUUGGUGGCUAUGAUGGAGCAUCGCGACAAUGUCUCAGCUCUGUGGAGGCCUACAACUCUGCUAAAAAUGAAUGGGCUUAUAUUGCAGAGAUGAGCACCCGACGCAGUGGAGCAGGUGUGGGAGUUUUAAACGGUUCACUCUAUGCUGUUGGAGGCCACGACGGCCCACUGGUGAGGAAAAGUGUAGAAAUGUAUGAGGUGUCCUCAAACACCUGGAAGCAGGUUGCCGACAUGAAUAUGUGCAGGAGGAAUGCAGGUGUUUGUGCUGUAAAUGGUCUAUUGUAUGUUGCUGGUGGAGAUGAUGGCUCAUGUAACCUUGCAUCAGUGGAAUAUUACAACCCAGCAUUAGAUAAAUGGAUACUUCUACCACAAUGUAUGAGCACUGGAAGAAGCUAUGCAGCUGCCACGUCAUAUUUCGCUUGGGCCGUUCCCAACCCAUCGCUAUGAAUAUUGACUUCUCUAAAUACAGGUGUUACAGUAAUUGACAAACCUUUAUGACUAAAGAUUGCUGGAUUUGGUGAAUUCUGGAUUCUUCAUUGAAACGGCACUUCAUGAAGUAGCCCAACUUUUUAGCACUUGCUAAUGGCCACAUUAAAGCAAGCAUUUAAAGGAGUGUGGAAAAUGACAGACAACCAUGCCUUGUCAGCAAGCACAGAAGAUUAUGAUGAUUGCACUUGAUAGAAGCACUACAUGGAAAGGGACUACAUUACAACUACUAGUAAGUAGUGUUAGAGUGGAGUUUUGAUGUAUAGGAUUUGAAAUUUUCAAAGCUGCUACAGAAAUACUGACUUUUGCCAGGCAAAAAUGGAUUUGAGCAUUACGUCUAAGAAACCAGCACAUUGUUCUGAAUACUACAGGUUAUGGCUUCACAACUUUUGUGAAAAGGAAGCAGUGUAAUGGUUACAAAUGUGUUGCAGCAACUAAUGUUGCUUCCAUAUGCCUGAUUAUAUGGAAGUUGAUUUGUAAGGUGCCAACAGAUGUAUUUGGGUUCCAGGACCAUAAUUUUGUCUACUGUAUGCUGUUGGCGCAGCACGUAAGGACUUGAUAAAAAUAUUUUUAAUUUAUUUUUGAUUCGGUACGGCGAAAAUGCCAGUUGAGAGAAGUAGUAUUUGUAGACGAGGAGUGUUUAACAACACGUUAUCACUUGCGACGGAAAAUAAAGACAGUACCAAAUCUUUUAAAUGCAUUUUGAAUUUUAAUAAUGUUGUUCGAUUAAUAUAAAUGCAGGAAAAUUUUGAACUGUAUAAUUUGUUGCUUGUUUUAUUAAAUCAUGCCCCCAUUUUGAUGCAUUCCUACAUUUCUGUAACUCUUGGUUUACUUGAGAUAGUUCUUGGCAUGAAGAAUAUUGUUGCAAGUUUAUAUUACUAAAUUUGUGUGCAUUUUUCUUGAAUUGCAUGUAGUAUUGCCAAUGUACAGUAUAUUUAUGUAUUGGUUACAUUUUGCUGCUGUUCACUUUGUGUAACACGCCAGUUUUGAUUCUGCAUAAAUGCUGUAUGAAUUCAAUGUGAAUACUGAAUUUAUUUGUUUGGGAAGGGAAAAGUGUUCCUGCAUUACACUAAAUCUGUUUAAAUAAAACUUUCUAUUGUGUUUGAUUGUAAAUUUCCUUUUUUUUAUAGAAAGACUGAGUUGGAUACAUGUGCCUAGAAUUUGAAAGUAUUGUGGCUGGUACUGUUAAAACAGGGGAGAUGAAUUUGAUUUAAGCACGAUAGCCAUUUAUGUAACGUUUUAUUCUUCUUAUCGAGUCCACACACAAGAUUAGUAGUUCAGCCAGAGCUGAACACACUUCUCGGCAUCUGCAUACAAUGGUGUCUGUCUUGCGCUUCUUGUGCUUCUUGUACGUGGUGGUGGAAACAGGGCUGUGUUGUGAAUGCCCUUUCCUUGACCCCGUAAUGUUUUAUUGAUAGUAUAUAAUAAAUAGUAUAUGAUGCAAUGUUAUGGCAUCCUCUCGAAAACCUUGUUUUACCUGCACUGUUUUCAUUCUGCCAAAGAUAUUCAGGACUUUGUAUCAGUAACAUUUUGUGUAUGCACUUUUACUAGCCAGUUUCUGAUGGAGACAACUUUUGUUCAAAUCUGAACAACUUUGGCUAAUAGCUAUUAUGAUCACAACUAUUUAAACUAAUGUCCUCUCUUUAAUAGAAUAUAGAGCAAUAAAAUUUACGAAUAGGUCGUUUAGUCCCUGAUAUCUAUCUAGGCAUCUUGUAAUUUUAUAUACUUCCAUCAGGUCAUCCCCACUCCAGCUUCUGACUCUCCAAGGCAAACAAUCUAAAUGUGUCUAAAUUCCCCUUUUUGUAGGUAAUACAAUAUCUUCCUGGUGAACGUGUUAUGUGACCCUUCCAAAGCCUUCACAUCCUUUUAGUAAUGCAAAGACUAGAACUGCUCCAAUACUCCUAACCAAAGCUUUAAUUUUUCUACAAAUCAGUCCUAUGGGCAUUUGCAUGGAACCCAGCUAGUUAUAUCUUUUUUUUCUGACUACAUGGAGCAGUCCUUAUUCCAAACCUACUCGGGCACUAUUCCAGUCCUGAUUCAGACGCUUGAUCAUAAAUGUUGACUAUCUUUUUGCUUCCCCCGA